GGGAUCGGCGGUGCCAAGGCGACGAGAGGAGCGGGUCGCCGGUAAAGCGGCGGGGGGCGGGUUGUUCGCGCCGCCUGGGCCUAGUGGGGCUGGAGAGAGGCGGCGGCGGCCAGGGGUGGUGGUGGUCGUCCAAAGCCCCUCAUCUCAUCUCCUCUCCUCUCCGUGAGGCGGAUGGUGGGCCUGGUGAGUGACCGCCCCCCCUACACCCACACCUACACAAUCUCAGCAUGUUGCAGAGCAUCGGGCUGACCGUGCUGGUCCUGGUCGCCACCCUCCUCUGCGUCCUCCUCUUCAUGCUCUUCGGUUGGUAUGUGGUUUGGCAGCUGUUCCUGUCGAAGUUCAAAUUCCUCCGGGAACUGGUGGGCGAUACCAGCUCGCUGCAGGGGGACAGCGAGUCAUCGGAGAGUACAAGCACAGGAGACCCUCCACCUGCACCCGCAGGGCACAGACCUAAAUCGGCACGUCUACGGAGGGCGCCGACUGAAGGCGCCACAUAGAAAACCGCACCGGAGCACGGUUCCAUUCAUUGGCAUCUGAGCACCGCUUCAGUCUGCGAUCGACAUUGCCGCACUUUAUUUAACUGUUUGCUUCGGCUGGCUUGCUGAAAAACACUUCUCAUUUACCCAGCAGGGAUGUAGAUCACAAUGUAAGCAGGUGUGCAGGUUAAAUUGGCUCGAUGGCCAACAUCGACGUGGCCAACAUCAACAAGGCC